AGGUUGAAACAGUGUUCGGGGCAUCUUUCCUCGCCCUCGCACCGGAACACGAGAUGGUGAAAGCGUCGUGCGAUCUGGUCUCAGCCGAGAGUGACAGUGCACGGGAAAAACGCCGUACUACUGUGGAGCAAUACGUACACAAAGUUGCGAAUAUGAGCUCAACUACACGCCAGGCUGAAGGAGGAUCCUCUACCGGGCUUGAUUUACAACUGUACGCGCUCAACCCGUUUAACGGCAAGCGUAUCCCCGUGUAUGCGUGCGACUAUGUGCUGUCCGACUACGGCACCGGUGCAGUGAUGGGCGUACCCGCACACGACAGCAGAGACGCCCUAUUUGCCCAGAACCACAACCUGGAGGUAGUCCCAGUCUACAGUGGUACAGACCUGGGUGCAGCGGGGUCCUCUGGGUCGAUAGGGGGUGGAGAUUCCGACGGUAGGGACAAUGUAGGUAGUCAAGCAGACGGUAGUGGUAGUGAAGGUGCCGCUGAGGAUACUGAUAGUGUGGUGUUGGUGGAGAGUGGGGAGUUCAGUGGUAUGCCAGUAGCACUGGGCCGCGCAGCGAUCGCGGCGAAGGCACUCGACAUGGGCAUUGGAGAGACCACCACACAGUACAAGAUCAGAGACUGGGGCGUCAGCAGGCAGAGAUACUGGGGCGCUCCAAUUCCCAUUGUCCACUGCAAGAGUUGUAAGGCCGUGGCUGUGCCUGAGAGUGACUUGCCAGUGCGACUGCCGGAGACAGUCACGCUCAGUGGUCGUGGUGGGUCUCCAUUAGAGACAGCCAAGGAUUGGCUGCAUACGACAUGUCCAAAAUGUCAUGGACCUGCCGUACGAGACACCAACACAAUGGACACGUUCGUGGACUCCUCCUGGUACUUCCUCCGCUAUCUGGACCCCAACAAUACUGAAGCAUUGGCAGGGGCUGCGGCUGUUAAGGGCAUGCCGGUGGAUUUGUACAUCGGAGGCAUCGAACAUGCCAUCAUGCACCUGUUGUACUCCCGCUUCGUUACCAAGUUUCUGAGGGAUGAGGGUGUGAUCCCAAACUGUUCCGAGCCUUUCACUGAGCUGCUGAACCAAGGCAUGGUGCAUGGCAGGACAUUCACUCACCCCACCACAGGCCAGUACCUCAAACCCGAUGAAGUGGACCUCUCAGAUCCAUUAAAACCACUCAUUCGAGAGAGCGGGUUGGUCCCAACUGAUUCGUUUGAGAAGAUGUCCAAAUCCAAAUACAACGGCGUUGACCCCAGUGCCGCCUCCGAGCAGCACGGUGUAGAUACACUGCGAUUGCACAUGUUAUUCAAGGCGCCCCCUGAGCUUGUACUGGACUGGGACACGCAGAGUAUUCAGGGGUCUCGGCGGUGGCUGGUGCGUGUGUGGGGGUUGGUGCAGGAGUUGUUGGAGUGUCGUAUCCUCACAGACGAUGGCUACAAAGGCUCAGACAUCGACAUCGAGUCACGACGUAUGCUGCACCGCACAGUCCAAUCGGUAGAGACAGCACUGGAAACCCAUUCGUUCAACUCUGCCGUCGCAAAGCUCAUGGGCUUCACCAAUGAGAUACGGCAGCACAGGGACAGAGGCAUGAGCUCCAUCCUCCUCCACGAUUGCAUUGAAAUGCUGGCGGUGCUAUCAUACCCAAUGGUGCCCCACAUUGCUUCUGAGAUAUGGGAAGUGGUCACCCACCGACCCACAAGCGCCAUGCGGUGGCCUGUGGUGGACCACAAACUACUGGCGACGGCUGAGCGUACAGUGGUGAUUCAGAUCAACGGUCGCACUAAAGGCACUGUGACGGUGGACUCAAAUGCCACAGACGCCCAAGUGCAGGAAGCGGCCUUAGCAUCGGACGUGGUGAAGAAACAGCAACUCGACAUGGACUCGAUACGGCGCAUGAUCGUCGCUAACAAGGGGGGUCUGAUUAAUCUGGUCAUGCCAAAGAAAAAAUAAAACUUCGGAGGAUCUAUCAAUAGAAGAGGGAAACUUUAGUUUGUGAUACAAGAGAAAUAAAGUAUUAGACGAGCAAUCCAUCCC